UCCAAAUCCUCCUCUGAAAAAUCUGGAACCUCGAAUUUGUCAUGUAUUGAAUUGCUCUGACGUGGAGAAAUCUUUAUUUUUUGAUUAAUCUGCAAAGAACACAUGCAGGGUGUUUAUUAAGAAUUGAAAUAUUUAUAUUAUUAACGGAAUGAAGAUUGCUGGUAGUGUAGCAACCCUAACAAUAUGUUUCAUAUUGAUACAUUAUGUAAACAGUCUUGCUGUAAUGUCAGUUGAUUUGGGUUCAGAAUGGAUGAAAGUAGGAGUCGUAUCACCUGGAGUUCCAAUGGAAAUAGCUUUAAAUAAAGAAUCUAAAAGAAAAACACCAGCUAUUAUAAGUUAUAAAGAUAAUGAGCGAUUAUUUGGAGAAGAUGCUCAAACAUUAGGAAUUCGGUUUCCAAAGAGUGCUUAUGUGUAUUUACUUGAUCUAUUAGGUAAAGAUAUAAAUCAUCCAAUGGUGAAAUUAUAUCAACAACGUUUUCCCUAUUAUGAUAUCAUAGAAAAUCCUAAAAGGAAGACAAUAAUGUUUAAGCAUGAUGAAGACAACAUUUAUUCAGUUGAAGAACUAUUAGCUCAGCUACUAGUAAAAGCUAAAGAAUUUGCUGAGCAGGCAGCUCACCAACCAAUCAAAGAAUGUGUUAUUACUGUCCCUGGUUACUUCAAUCAGGUUGAAAGAGAAGCCCUAAUUCAAGCUGUAAAACUUGCUAAUUUGAAAUUACUUCAAUUAAUAAAUGAUUAUACAGCUGUUGCAUUAAAUUAUGGAAUAUUUAGAAGUAAAGAUUUCAAUGAAACAUCACAAUAUAUUAUGUUCUAUGACAUGGGAGCAUCAUCUACUACUGCAACAAUAGUUAGUUUUCAAAAUUCAAAAACUAAAGAGAGAGGUUAUUUGGAGACUCAUCCAGAACUGAGCAUAAUAGGAGUAGGAUAUGAUCGUACUCUAGGAGGUUUAGAAAUGCAAAUUAGGUUACGAGAUUACUUAGGGGCUAAAUUCAAUGAAGUUAAAAAAACUAAAAACAAUGUUUUCGAAAAUAAACGAAGCAUGGCAAAACUCUUCAAAGAAGCUGGCAGAUUAAAGAAUGUGUUAUCUGCAAAUGCUCAACAUAUUGCACAAAUAGAAGGUUUAUUAGAUGAAGAAGAUUUCAAAUUGUCUGUUACACGCCAAGAAUUUGAAGAUUUAAUACCAGACUUAUUGGAAAGGGUCGCUAACCCAAUUGAACAAGCAUUGAAAAACGCACAACUGUCUAAAGAUGUGCUUCAUCAGGUUGUACUCUUUGGUGCUGGUACUCGGGUUCCAAAAGUUCAAGAAAUACUUCGUAAUAUUGUUGGACAAGAUUUAGCUAAGAAUUUGAACACAGAUGAAGCAGCUGCUAUGGGUGCAGUCUAUAAGGCUGCUGAUUUAAGUACUGGUUUCCAAGUUAAAAAAUUCAUCACAAAAGAUGCUGUUUUAUUUCCUAUUCAAGUUAUAUUUGAAAGAGAAGUUGAAUCCCAUGUGAAACAAGUUAAACGAACUCUAUUUGGCUUGAUGAAUCCUUAUCCUCAGAAAAAAAUUAUUACAUUCAAUAAACAUACUGAUGAUUUUACUUUCAACGUUAAUUAUGCAGACUUAGAUUAUUUGAAAGCUAAUGAGAUAAAAAAUAUAGGCAUACUAAACCUCACCGAAGUCUCAUUGACGGGGGUACGGGCUGCUAUUGAAAAACAUCCAUUAUCAGAGAAUGUUGAAUCUAAAGGAAUAAAAGCUCAUUUUCAGAUGGAUGAAUCAGGAGUUCUCAAUUUGAUAAAUGUAGAUUUAGUUGUAGAAAAGAAAGUUAUUGAGACAGAAGAUGAAGGAACUUUAUCUAAAUUAGGAAGUACUAUUAGUAAAUUAUUUGGAGGAGAAGAAAAAGUUGAAGAAAAACUUGAGGCAGACAAAAUACCCACAGAAACAUCCAACAUUACAGAGAAUGAAAAGCAAACUAAAGAAACUAUUGAAGGAAAGUUAACAUCAAACUCGUCUGAUAUAAAAAAUAAUACAAUGAAAACAAAACCUAAGAUUUUAUCUAUCAAGGAACCAAUACUAGUAAAUAUUAAAUCGAUGAACAUACCAUCUCUUGAUCAAGAACAGUUUACCCAAUCUCAAACUAAACUAGAAACAUUGGACAGUUUAGAGAAGGAGAUUUUGAGAAGGUCUACUGCUCUUAAUAAUCUUGAGACAUUUGUUGUUGAUGUUCAGAAUAAACUUUCUGAGGAUGAAUACUCUGAGGCAGUAACAGUUGAAGAUAAAGAAAAAAUUCUAAACCUUUGUUCUUCUGUAUCUGACUGGUUAUAUGAAGAAGGUGCAGAUGUAGAUGCAGCAACUUAUGAAACCAAACUAGAAUAUUUGAAAACCGAAACUAAUCCAUUAUUUGCAAGGGUAUGGGAACAUCAAGAAAGACCAGAAGCUUUGAGUGCUCUCAAUUCAAUGUUGAAUCAUUCUACUCAUUUCUUGGAAUCUGCUAAAAAUCUUACAGAAUCAGUGAAUCCUACAAAAAAUGUUUUCACUGAUAAAGAAGUUCAAUCCCUAGAGAAAAUAAUAUCUGACACACAAGAUUGGUUAUUGAAGAAUGUUGAAGCUCAGGAAAAACUGAAAAGGUAUGAAAAUGUUGUUUUGACAGUAAAAUCGAUAACAGAAAAAAUGGGCUUAUUAGAUCGAGAAGUAAAAUAUUUGGUCAAUAAAUUGAGGAUAUGGAAACCAAAGAAGGAAGAAAAGAAAGGAAAACCAAUAAAAAAGGAUGAUACUCUACAAACUCCAACAGAAGAAGAAAGUGAAAAAAAUGAAACACUGACUAAUGGAAAUGAAGAAAAACAAAGUAGUAAUAAAAUUGAAUCAGAUGAAGAAAUGAAAAAUGAAACAGUGACUAUUGGAAAUGAAGAACAGAGUAGUGAUAAAAUUAAAUCAGACGGAGAAAAGAGUGAACCACCGCAUAAUGAACUAUAAAAUAAAAAUAGAAAACAAUUUUUUAUAUUUCUGUUAUAUUAAUAUAUUAGGCAAUUUCUUUAAUUAAUUUAUUGAACAAUUUGAUGUGUGUGAUCUACAAGAUUUCUAAGAUAGAUUAAAAAAAUAGUGUGGACUUGAAA